UUACAUCGACGUCGACGUCGACGACGUCGACGGAAGUGGAAGCGGAUUUGAAGCCUGCUGCGGAGGAGCCACAUUCUGGCGUCGUCCCACGCAAUGGCAGUAGGGACACGCCAUCGAGCACAACGACGAGGAAGCGACAGCGCACGCCAGAUGUCAUGGUGCUGGAUGAUUCGCCAGAGCUUGCCGCUUCUGCGCCCGAGGUCGCCGCUUCUGCGCACGGAGUCGCCGCUUCUGCUCACGUCAUCGAUCUGACGCUGGAUUCCGACGACGACGACGACGAUCGACCUCUGUCUGCCACGGUACGCCCACCACCUGCGCGAGCUCGACAGUCGUCGGACACGCCGCUUGCGAGCGGCAGCGGCAGCGGAAUCGCAAACGCGCACGCAAACGCGAACGCGAACGCGCAUGCACCGACACCACGUCUUGCUGCGCCUUUGCGACCCGCUGCGCUUCCCCAGCAUUUGGCGAGGCACGUCAACGCUGCGGGCAGGUCGUUGCCCCGCCACGAGAGCAGCGCAAUGUCGAGUGUUUCGAACGGCGUGCACGACGAUGCGAGACCGCGCGCGGGCACGAGCGCGGGUACGAUGUCAAGCAAUCCACCGGAAGAAGACGAGGAACCAUUGAGAGCGGGCAAGCGACAGAAACCAAGUGGCAGCGGAAAUGCCAACUUGACUGCCGACGAUUCCAUGGAAUUGAGCAUACGUGGGAGGGCAGCAGCUCGCUCCGACGCCGACGCCGACGCCGCCGCUGCCGCCGAUAGCAGCGCGACCGCAUCCUUUCAUUCUGCGAGGUCAUGGGACGCUACUGGUACAGCAAACUAUUCAUUAGGAUCGUCAAACUUGCCGCAUCGCAGCGAAGCUUGGGAUAUGGUGGAUGAAGACGAGGAAAUGGAAGCGGCGCUCAGGUGGGACGAUGCGAAUGAUGACAUGGAUGUGGGAGCGACGCGCACGCGCACAUUUUUGUAGUCUCGCUCGCAGUCGCGCUCGCGCUACGCAGGAACGGCCUCGAUGACGGACAUGAUGCUUCGCGUGCGGUACGUCUUGCUGGGUCUCCAGCCAGCUUUCACCAGCAAGGCAUUGUACUCCGACUCUGUUCGUUCGUGCGAUCCGGCGACGGCGCCCAGGUGCACCGAAAGCACAUUGGCGUAGCGCGAAUCGUCGCCAAACACGACGACUUCGAGCAGCAACACUUUGGAAUCCGGUUUCGCUUUGCUUCGAAGCGCCUUGAGAAUGUCGAUGCAGAUGGAAUCGGCCCAAUCGUGCAAUACGAAGCGCAAAAAGUAGAUUUGCGCCGCAGCUGCAGUGUCGUCUGGUUGAGCUUUCAGAAAGUCGUGG